UCACAGUUGAUUGGAGGCUAUUUUCAUGGGAGUAAAGUGUACGCAAGCUCUCAUACUGCUCACAGAAAGCUCAGGGACUCUCUAAAUACCAACAGCAUGAACACUCUAAUGCUCUGUGUGUUUUAUGUCAUAUUCCUCAGAGUUUAUGAAAUCCAGUGUAAAUCCCACCCAAAGCCUUCAUGUGGAUACCCUCCAUCCCAAUGGUGCAGGUCUCUGGAGAUUGCCAUAGAAUGUGGGGUGUGGAAACAAUGUAUGGAACUGAACGCAACCCGGCCAGACCCUGUGGUUCCUCCUGUAGAGAUCACUCUCUAUUACGAGAGCCUUUGUCCAGGCUGCAGAGCGUUCCUAACAGAGCAACUCUUCCCAACAUGGACUUUACUAAAAGGUAUAAUGAAAGUCAACCUGGUGCCCUUCGGCAAUGCUAAGGAACUUCCUGAAGAUAAUUCAUUCUCAUGUCAACAUGGAGAACCAGAGUGCUAUGCUAACAUGGUUGAGGCAUGUGUUUUAUAUGCAGCCAAUCAUGCAGCAUUUCCUGUCAUUUACUGCAUGGAGUCAUCUGCAGAUGUACUAAAAUCUGCUAAGCCUUGUUUGCAGCUCUAUGCACCGUUUGUUAAAUGGCAGACCAUAGAGUCUUGUACCAGAGGAGAGCUUGGCCACAGUUUGAUGCAUCAGAAUGCAGUGAAGAUGCAGGUGCUCAAACCAGCACACACUCAUGUUCCCUGGAUCACCUUCAAUGGGGAAUGCACUAGUGAAUGGGAAGAUAAGGCUAUGUCCACUCUCUUCACCCUUGUAUGCAAUUUGUACAAAGGAAUCAAGCCACCAGUCUGUACUGGAGCCCUGAAAAAACUGGACCGAAGCUUUUGCUAGUGGAAGAAAGAAGUGUUGCACAAUACACACAAUUGUGAUAUCUCAUGAUUUUUCAACUUUAGUCUGUUUUUCUGUUUAAGGUAAAAUAAAAAGUAGGCUACAUUUUUUUUUAAUAUAAUGUUGACACCAUUUCAACCAUAUGUAUGUGUACUUGGCUAUACUUUUGGGAUAAAAGCAUACUUAACAUAAAAGUGUU